AUGGAUGUUGACGACCUGGACUCGUUGGGGUCCAAUUCCAACAAAGGCUCUCAGGCCUCAGUGGCAUCAGAUGAUGGGGACUCGAGCUUCACAGCUCCACCGCCUCCCUUGCUGAGCCCCUCCGCGCACAACUAUGCCCGUGUUAAGCAGGAGCGUCUGCGCAUGGGUGAGGUGGAUAGCUUCCGGGGCAUCAACAGCGCCGACAUCUCCCAAGAGCAAGCGCAGCAAAGCAUCGAGGAUUCUCGGUUCCGCACGAAGGUUGAGGCGGUUCUGAAGCGCCUGCUGGCUUUUGCACGUUCGCCGGGCGAGCUGGCAACGUUUCUGGCCACAGAGCUGCAUACCUCCAAAGUGCGGAGUGGAUACGCGUUGUGUUUGAUUGGAGAACCUGCCGACUCCAUGAUGGUCCUUGUUGAUGGCUAUGCCCAAGUGCAUGCCAAGGAGAUUGGCGCAGUUGGCGUCCUUGGACCGGGUGCUUCUUUCGGUGAGGCAGCGCUCAUGGGACUUCUACAUGUUCGCACAGCAACAGUGCAGGCACUUCAGGACUGCGUUGUGGUAGAGCUGCGACAAGAAGUGCUGGAAAGGGCCAAAUUUAGGCGCAUCAAGGAAUCACUGCUGCUGCUGGCGUAUGAAAGAUGCCAGCAGUCGCAGCAGUGUGUUCCAAUGUGCGCGCUGCCCCUUGGGAUCUCACCACAAGAUCCCUGUGCCGCCAUUGUGGCGCUUCAUGCAGAGCGCCUGGACAUACCUCCAGGUGAAGCUUGGUUGCCAAUGCCGGACUCGCAUCCGGCGGGGCCGCACUUCGGUGUGCUGGUGGCCGGCUUUGCCCAUGUUGAGGUUGGUGGGCGACGGAUCACAAGGCUGAAGGCUGGCAGCUUGGUUCCGGAAGGGGUCCUGGCUGACAGCGGUGCAUUGAUUAGAGCAGCUUCGAACUGCUUGGCCUAUCGCGUGCAGCAGCUUGCCAGCGACAGGGGCUAUGGGUACGACCGGUGCCGUGAGCACGAGAGGCAAACACGCGAGGCUCUCUUGCAGCGCCUUCGCACUGCCAUCAAGCCCUCCGUGCCGACAUCGUCUACAUCGCGUCCGGCCACGAGUCCAUGCAGCUUUCAAAAGGCAAAGCUGGCCCCGCAGUGCCUGCUCAAGGCACCUCCGGUUUUCCCGGUAGAGGAGAUCCGGCGAAAGAUUCCGCAGCGCCGAAAGAAAGGAAGCAAAGCUUUCGAGCAGAAAGCCGUGGAGAGGACGGGCCAGGCCCCUGUGAAGUCUAGCUCGACUUCGCGAUUGGACCGCAGCCGGAGUUACGGCUGCCCCUCGCACAGAUCAUCGUCCAAGACGAGAUCUGCAUCACAAGGUUCUAUGUCGCGGUCUGAUUCGAAAAGUUCACAUGGUGCACUGCCGGUUGUGCACCCAUCGGCACUGCCAAGUGGUGUGAGCAAGGGCCCCAGGAAGCGUUUCACUCAAGUCUUCGACGUAGCACCCGCCGGGGACUUAUACCACUGCACGUCGAUGAACCGUCCCGCAACGGUUGGAUAG